UAUUCACCAAUAAUAAUAACUCUCGGUUGAAGCAGCUCGAUCAGAGUAAACUGAACGUGAGUUGAAUUAGAGGUAAAAGUAGGGCCGCCCAGUAGCCUUAAAUUGCUACGCUUUCCUUUUCUUCUACUGGUAUGACUACCAUUUGCGAGCACCUGAAAUUGAAAACCAAACCAAAACCAAACCAAACCAACGACGGUUAAAGCCAAACCAAUCCAUCUCUCAUUCUCUCUCUCUAAGCCUCUUUAUAAGCCUCUUGACAUGAAUUCACAGCACCGGCAACGGAAACACAGAGCUGCCGGGAACUGACCCAGACACCAAAACGACAUCGCUUGGACUCUGACGCAUUGUAGCACUUGAAAAUGGUACAAGAUAAUUAUGGUGAACAAGCAGAGAUGGAGAGCUCUGGAGGCCGUUCGGUUGUGGUCGGAGUGAAGCUGGACGCCAAGAGCAGAGAGCUGCUUACUUGGGCUCUGGUCAAAGUGGCUCAGCCUGGUGACCGUGUGAUUGCUCUGCAUGUUCUUGGUAAAAAUGAAAUUGUGGAUCAAGAUGGGAAGUCGUCGCUUCUUUCCCUUGUCAAAGCGUUCGACUCUGUUCUUGCCGUCUAUGAAGGUUUCUGCAACUUGAAACAGGUGGAUCUCAAGCUUAAAAUCUGCAGAGGAGCAUCAGUCAAAAAAAUUUUAGUCAGGGAAGCAAAUUCUUAUACUGCAAGUAAGGUUAUAGUGGGCACUGCUCAGAACCACCAUAAAAUCCGGUCAUCGACCACCGUUGCCAAGUACUGUGCUAAGAAACUGUCCAAGGAUUGUGGGGUUCUUGCUGUAAAUAAUGGGAAAGUUGUGUUCAGCAGAGAGGGCUCUCAAAAAACUUAUUGUGACCCCCAAGGAAGUGAAGAGCAUCGCCGAAAUGGUUUGCUCACUGCAUUUCACCGAUCACUGCAUAAGUCUUCCAAAGUACUCAAUGAAGGCGGUGACAGUGUGGCCUUAAAGGACACAUAUGGUCCGGUCGAUUGUCAGAAAUUGGAGCAGGGAUUUGCUAAACUCUUUUUGGAAUCUUCUGAGACUGUUGCAAAACAGAAAUGCUCAAUAUGUUCACGGCCCUCUGUGGAUAAUUCUUGUCACCAGUCUGCAGUGGAGUCUUCUGCGGAUGACGGUGAAGAUAGAUCUAUGGCUAUAGUGCCAGUACAGAAAGAAGAGGAAGCAGCAGCAAGUUCUAUUUCUAUGUUGAUCAGAGAAUUACCUGAAGCGAGACCUGGUUGGCCACUGCUUCGACGGGCUGUAUUACCAGACCAGCAAAUUUCAGAGAGGUCUCUGGUCCGGAAGAUCUCAGUAGUUCAGUGGGCAAUGCAGUUGCCCAGUAGGCAGCCUUCAGCUACCUCCAAUUUUGAUGAUAGAAAAAGUAGUUGUGAUCCAGGUGAAGAUCAACCUUUCUGUUUGAAUGGAGAAAGUGGUGCAAUUGUUGCAGUGGGUAGUGAGGCAGUGACUGCCCCUCCUUCACCAGACCACAGUUCAAAAGGCCUGCCUAAAGAAUUGGAGGGUUUGCAUGAGAAGUACUCGGCUACUUGCAGAUUGUUCACCUACCAGGAACUUCAGUCAGCAACAUCAUAUUUCUUGGCUGAAAACUUCAUUGGGAGAGGCGGUAGCAGUCAAGUUUAUAGAGGCUGCCUUCCUGACGGCAAAGAACUUGCUGUGAAAAUCUUAAAACCAUCUGAAGAUGUAUUGAAGGAGUUUGUUUUGGAAAUAGAGAUUAUUACUACCUUAAACCACAAUAACAUUAUUUCCCUUUUGGGGUUCUGUUUUGAGGAUAACAAUCUUCUCUUGGUUUAUGAUUUCUUAUCAAGAGGAAGCCUUGAAGAGAAUCUCCAUGGAAGUAAGAAGGAUCCGCUUACGUUUGGUUGGAAUGAGAGAUAUAAGGUUGCUGUGGGUGUAGCUGAGGCCUUGGAUUAUCUGCACACCAGCAGUGCUCAACCUGUAAUCCACAGGGAUGUCAAGUCAUCCAAUAUUCUACUAUCUGAUGAUUUUGAGCCACAGCUCUCUGAUUUUGGACUGGCAAAAUGGGCAUCAACCUCCUCUUCACAUAUAACAUGCACUGAUGUUGCAGGCACCUUUGGCUACUUGGCUCCUGAAUACUUUAUGUAUGGCAAAGUAAACGACAAGAUUGACGUAUAUGCAUUCGGUGUCGUACUCCUUGAGCUUCUUUCUGGAAGAAAGCCUAUAAGCAGUGACUAUCCAAAAGGCCAUGAGAGCCUGGUCAUGUGGGCCAAGCCAAUUCUAAGCGGUGGGAAGAUGUCUCAACUAUUAGAUCCGUGUUUAAGCAAUAACUACAACCAGGAGCAGAUAGAGAGAAUGGUUUUAGCAGCCACUCUUUGUAUAAGACAUGCCCCACGAGCUAGGCCCCAAAUGAGCUUUAUUGUGAAGCUCCUUCAAGGUGGUGCAGAUGUGAUUAAGUGGGCAAGGCUACAAGUUCAUGCUCUGGAGGAAUCCGAUGUGCCUGAGGACGAAGCAUGUCCACGUUCGAAUCUGCAGUCUCACCUUAACCUUGCACUGCUUGAUGUGGAGGAUGACUCACUCUCCAUGAGCAGCAUUGAGCAAAGUGUCUCUUUAGAGGACUACCUGAAAGGCCGGUGGAGCCGCUCAUCAAGCUUUGACUAAUCAACAAUUUUACUGGCACAAUGCUCUAGUAAUUUCACUUCCCAUUUGUGUGAUUCAUUUGUAUAUUAAUCCCCCUCAAGAAAGAGAAAAAGAAAACUAAAAACAGUGGUUUUCACAUCUUCUCCAAGUGGUUGGCUUAUAGUUAUAGAUGGGUUUAGGAUGAGAGGUUGUUUCUGUGUGUGCCCCCCUCCUUCCCUACAGUCAUAAAACUAGUCCUUGUUUAUUGGGCUGGUUUUCCUUUUACAUGUUUUUUGGUUUUCUUUUUUCGUUUGUCUUAAUAGUGUCAAUUUACUUCUUGGUCUCAAUUAGACCAAGAGUUGGACACUCUUGUAAUGUUGAAAGAUGUAAUUCUGGAUGGUUUUUCAUUUUGCUAAGAGUGAGCACAAGCCUGAAAUAUGAGUGAUUCUGCUUA